AUGGCUGCGAUCGGAAUGUGUGAAACACCCGGGUGCAAAUCAAUUGCUCAGUUACAAUGUCCGACAUGUAUAAAACUUGGCAUACAGGGAUCGUUCUUUUGCAACCAGGACUGCUUUAAAAAGUCGUGGAAAUCUCACAAAAUCAUCCACUCAUUGGCGAAGGGUGAAAGCACAGAUGGAUCUAACGUGGAAUAUAAUCCGUGGCCUUCGUAUAAUUUUACGGGGAAGUUGAGACCUUAUCCGGCAGGACCAAAGCGGACAGUGCCUCCUCAUAUAGGUCGUCCGGAUUAUGCAGAUCAUCCCACAGGUUUUCCUGCUUCAGAAAACGCCGCUAAAGGCUCAGGACAGAUAAAAGUGUUGGACGAUGAGGAAAUCGAAGGAAUGCGAGUCGCUUGUCGCCUUGGUCGAGAAGUACUUGAUGAAGCCGCCAAAGUAUGUGAUGUAGGUGUCACAACCGAUGAAAUCGACAGAGUAGUGCACGAAGCGUGUAUUGAAAGGGAGUGCUACCCGAGUCCACUCAACUAUCACAAUUUUCCAAAUAGCUGCUGCACAUCGGUCAAUGAAGUUAUUUGCCAUGGGAUACCUGAUCUACGUCCUUUACAGGAUGGCGAUAUUUGUAAUGUAGACGUGACAGUCUACCAUCGAGGUUUUCACGGCGAUCUAAACGAGACAUUCUUUGUUGGUAACGUACCAGAGUCAAGUCGAAAACUUGUGCAAGUUACGUAUGAGUGCCUUCAGAAGGCUAUAGAGAUUGUGAAGCCCGGAGAGAAAUACAGGGAGAUUGGAAAUGUGAUUCAAAAGCAUGCACAAGCUAAUGGACUAAGUGUUGUCCGUUCGUACUGCGGCCAUGGGAUACAUAGGCUUUUCCAUACGGCACCAAAUGUACCGCAUUAUGCAAAGAACAAAGCAGUUGGUGUGAUGAAACCAGGACAUUGUUUCACCAUUGAGCCGAUGAUAAAUGAAGGUGGCUGGCGUGAUGAGCAAUGGCCGGACCAUUGGACUGCUGUCACUGCUGAUGGUUCACGGUCGGCACAGUUUGAACAAACGCUGCUAGUGACAGAGACAGGUUGCGACAUACUGACGAAGAGAGCGACAGGUCGACCGUGGUUUAUGGACCAGUUGGAGAAACUCAACGCCAACUCCUAG